AUGGCGGAGGUGACCUUUUGUGAAGAAUGCAACAACAUCUUAUAUGCACGCAGUGAUAGGAAAAACAAAAAGCUGCUCUACGUAUGCCGCAGUUGCGAGUACAUUUCGCACAAGCCGAACGAGCAGCAAAAUAUUGUCGCCAGGAUUAAUUACAACUAUAACAGGAAAGAGGACGUGUACAUUCACCCGGAGACGAAGAACGACCCGGCCCUGGGACGCGUGCGAGAAUGGAUUUGUAAAAACUGCGGCCACAACGAAGCUGUCUUUCUACAACUCCCGGAACGAAUUAGUAGCAACCCCAUGGCCCUCAUUUACGUGUGCACGGGAAAAAAUUGCCACUACUGGGAAAAGCAAAUGCAAAUCACCAACGAUGAGGAGGACCAGGUACACAGAAGUUCGCUUUCUUCAGAAGCCUCCCUUGUGCAGCAUCUCAACCCCUCUGUGAAACAAGAGGCGGAAGAAGAUGUUAAAGAUAUUCUUCCUGGGCAAGGACAAAAACGGAGCCGAAAAAAACUGAGGAAAGUUGGUCAGCAGCACAACGAUAGUGAUGAGCAAAGUGGAGAAGAGGACCACCACGCAGGACGCGAUCGCGAGGAGAAGGAGAAAGACAAACUGAAGAAGGAGCUGCAGGAGUUAAUAAACGCCAAGGAGGAGCAGCAGCAGCUGCAGCUGCAGCCAGAAGACGAACACAGCGAACAGGAGGGACAUUUUUCUGAGGAACAGGAAAGUGACGUCGACGAUUACUUCUGA